AUGCUCCGCGAGACCGUCUCAGUAGCCGUCCCACUCGCGAAACCGUCGCGCUCGCGGUUCGCGCACCGAUGGUGGAGCUCAGAGGUCGCCGAUGUUGUCGGCGAAGCGAGGCGAGCACGCACUCGAGCGUACCGAAUGAAGGCGCGAAGAUUGGAGGGGGAGGGAGAGGAGGUAGAGCUGGCAGUGCGGAAGGCGCGGGUGGCGACAAAUAAAGCGAAGGCGGUGAUCAGGCGAGAGAAGAGGAGGGCGGAGAGGGCGGAAGUUGAGGAAGUCGAUGAGGCGUCGUUGUGGAAGGUGGUGAAGAGGAGAUUGGGGGAGGGAACGUCAGCAGCCGCGUCAACCCCGCCGCUCAGGAAAGACGACAGGACGUACGCGACGUCGCCCGGCGACAAACUCGCCCUCCUCCAGCCAAUCCUCUUGCCGGUGGUCGAGCCGCACAUCGUCGAGGCGCAACCUGCGGACAAGGAGAAUGGGAGGACUGUCAGCGGACUGCAAGUAGGUUACGAGUUUAUUGUGCCUCCCGCUACGAGUCCAGCAGACGACCGCCACGCGAGUGAGCACGAACGCACCUUCGCAGAUCUCGCACCAAGUCGAAGCCGAGUAGACGAUGUCGACGACGCCGGCGAUGGCAACGACGCCAAGACCGACUGGCCGGACCUGCAGGAGCACGAAGUCGAGUCAGCUCUCCGCCUCGCACGCCCUUUUGCUGCCGCUGGCCCCGACGGAGUGCCCAACCUCGUCCUCCAAGCCGCCUGGCCCGCCCUCAAGGCCCGCCUUGUUCCGCUCCUCACUGCCUUGCUCCGGCUGGGCCACCUCCCGACGAACUGGCGCGACGCAACUGGAGUCGUCUUGAAGAAACCGAAGAAGGACGAUUACUCGCUCACCAAAUUGUACCGGUUGAUCUGCUUCGAGCGAUGCAUCAGCAAGCUCCUCGACUCGAUUGUAGCAAGGCGUAUCACGCACCUCGUGGACUUGCUCAAGCUCAUCCCGCCCAAUCACUUCGGUGCCCGACCAGGUCGAUCCGCCGAGGACGCGGUAGUCUGUUUCGUGGACGAGAUCAGGCAUCAGUGGCGGAACGGAAACGUUGUACUCGGCAUCGCGCUCGACGUCGCGAAAGCCCGGACGUGCACGCUGCGGUUGGAAGGCGUUAGCAGCAAUCCGGUCGAGUGGAGAAGCGGCCUGCCGCAAGGCUCACCGCUCAGCCCAAUCCUAUUCCUCCUCUACAACUCCGGCGCACUUGAAGCGUGCGAGACGCCGACAUUGACGUCCUUCGGCUGGGUGGACGACCUGAACGUUCUCGCCUGGGGAAGAAAUGUGGAGGAGGCAGUCAGCGCAGCCCAGCGGAUCGUGCCCGGCCUCGAGGAAGGGUGGGCUACGCACCACAGUCUCUUCGAGCCAUCGAAGACCCUCGUCACUCGCUUCUCACCCGUACGAGACCGCUCGAUCGACGACCCGAAGGUCGUGCUCUGCGGCGAGGAACUUGAGUACUCGUCAGCGGUCGGGAUGCUGGGCGUCACGAUCGACGAGCGGCUCACCUUCAAGCACCACAUGGCUUCGUGCGCGUCGAAGGCGUCGAAGGCGAUGGUAGGCGUCGGGCUCUUGGCAAGGAGCCGAGGCGGACUGAAGGCGAAGUUUGUGCGGCGCCUGGUCGAAGCGGUGGUGCUGCCACGCCUGACGUGGUGUGCUGCGGCAUGGUACAAGCCAGGAGCGUCAGUCAGUAAAGUCCUCGAGCAGGUGCAGAAAGCUGCAGCGCGCACGGUCACGGGCGGAUAUCGGACGACCUCCCUCGCCGCCCUCGAAGUCGAGGCAAAUCUCCUCCUGCUCGACCUGCGUCUGACCCACCAAGUCUUCCGCCUCGCCCUCCGCCUAGCCACGAGUCCUUCAGACUCAGCGCUCCACGCCCGAUUCCGGAUCGCCCGCCCCGCCGUGCCCGCCAAACACCCGUCCCCAAUCCACCUCGCGCUUCAUUCCUUCCCAGACCUCCUCCAGCCGCACACACGAGUCGAACACAUCGUCUACUCACCUCUUGCGCCAUGGUCGAACCCGCCGCGCUGCCGGCUGGUUGUCGACGUGUCGAAGGAGGCGUCGGUCGAGGCGCACGGUCGGGAAGUCCUCGCACUCGACGAUGCAGGCGGCUUGGCUACGUACUCGGACGGCUCGCUGCUCGGCGGUCGAGCAGGCGCGUCGGCGGUGGUGCGCUUCGGUGCGGGCGAGGAUGAGCUGUGGGGAAAGAAGGCGAGGACGAUGGGUCAGCUGCAGUCGGUGUACGCAGCGGAGCUGGAAGGGGCGCGUCUCGCACUGGACGGUAUCCAGCAGUCCCUCAGCACCACUCCAGCGCCCUCCGCCACGCUCUUCAUCGACAACCAGGCCGUCGUUUGCUCGCCGUUCGACCCAUCCCCCACCGCCGGCCAAUCCGCCCGACUCGCCCUGCGCGCGCUCGCCCUGGCGCUCGAGCACGACCACCCAUCAGCCAAACUCACCUUGCAGUGGCUCGCCGGCCAUCUUGCGGCGCCGGGGAACGAGUUGGCGGACGAGGAGGCGAAGCGGGCGGCGGGAGUUGGCGAUGACGAAGUGGGGAAGUCGAAGGGACGGCUUGCAGGCGGGCGUGGGAAGCGCAGACGCGGUCCUAAGCUGUUCAAGCCGGACCAGGGCAGCAGCAGCUCGUCGUCAGCGGACGAGAGUGGGUGGGAGGAGGACGAGGAGGAGCGGGCGGCUCGCCUCGAGCGCGAAGUCGCUCGCCUCAGUCGACUCGACUCCUCAACACUUGCGGGCCCCGAUGGGCUCGUCAAAGGAGGCACGACACUGCCGAAAUCGCUAUCGUCGCUCAAGCAGGCUCAUUGCGCUGCCCUCCUCGCCGAGUGGACUCGUCGCUCAUCGCUCUCUUCAUCGCCUGGCGCCGGACUUCGUGCUGUCGACGCUCGCCCGCCUGGACCACCCUUCGCACGCGCACUACAUGCCCUCGACAGGGUUCACUCCACCCUUCUCGCGCGAUUCCGGCUCAAAUUCAACGAUUUGGGAUCGUCGAAGGCGAGGAUGGGUCUUGGGACGGGACUUUGCGAGUGCGGCGAGGCGGUGGAGACCCGCCAGCACUACAUCCUCGAAUGCUCGCUCUAUUCGGACGAGCGCCAGCAGCUCCGGCGCGAAAUCGGCUCGUCGAACCUCAAGAUGGACAAGAUCUUCUCUCCUCGCUUCUUCCAACCUGUGCUUCGUUUUAUUCUGGCUUCUUAUCGCUUCCCACAGUUGUAUGCCCCUCUCCCUCUCGUAGCUCACGUAGCGCCUGGCGGCUCGCCCUCGUAG